GAAUAACUUUGUAAUGUAGGACCGAUCACCAAACUUUUCUGAAGAUUGGCGCAGGCGCUUCUUCAUAUUCUGGCACAAUGAGCUGUCUAUCCGUGGCAGUACACCGUGUGCUUUCGCGCAGUGAUCAUGUUAAAUUCCAAACAUGUACCAGAAAGCGACAUACGAAGAAAAAACAUCGAUUACAGUUUACAAAUUAAUAGAUGGUUCCUAAAGCCAAUUGGUGCGUGGCCACAAAUAAAUUCGCCGAGUUCAGUGUACAAAAUCAUGAUACUACUACAAAUUUUCAUUUGUUCAAGCAUAAUAGCAGUCCCAACAAUACCAUGUUUGUUACAUAUGUUAUUUGAGGCAGACACUAUCAAGCAAAAGCUGAAUGUCAUAGGACCGCUACUUCAUAGAGCUUUGGGUUCGAUACAUUACUGGGUACUGCUCAAGCGUAAUCGUGACAUUCAUAAAUUAAUACAACAUAUGGAGGCUGAUUGGAGUCUCAUACAAAAGAUUGACGAACGUGAAGUGAUGCUGCAACAUGCCAAGUUCGGUCGUUUCGUCGUCAUAAUCUGUGCGGUGUUUAUGCAGGGCGGUUUGUUUUUGUAUAGUUUAGGGAAAUCGAUGAAAACUAUAACCAUCAUCGUUGGCAACGAGACUUUCAAGACGCAUCCAACAAAUUGUCCGAUUUACAGCAAGAUUAUCGAUACAAGAUUUAGUCCUGUGAAUGAAAUCACAUUAGUUUUGCAGAACCUAACAAUGUUCGUAGCGAGUUUUUCUACCGUUAGUGUUUGCAGUUUGGCUGCUGUCUUCGCGAUACAUGCUUGUGGUCAGCUGAACGUCUUGAAUGCGUGGCUACGUGAAUUUGUUGAAAAUCAGAAGAGAAAUGAUACAAAUCAAAAAUUGGGCGCAAUCGUAGAACAUCAUCUAAGAACACUGAGUUUUAUAUCACGUGUGGAAAGUAUUAUGCACAAAGCUUCUCUUGCAGAAUUAAUGGGAUGCACAAUGUCAUUGUGCUUAAUUGGAUAUUACACUAUUAUGGCUUGGGAAACGUUUGAUACCGCAAAAAUAACGUCUUACGUCUUUAUGUAUUUAUCAAUGGGUUUUAAUAUUUUUAUAUUUUGCUACAUCGGAGAGAUUAUCACAGAACAGGUCAAGAAUAUAAAGAUAUUGAAACCAAGAAAUUGCAAACGUGUUGGGGAAAUGGCAUAUAUGACUGACUGGUAUAAUCUACAUCACAAAACUGCACGUGGUCUCAUUUUGAUUAUUGCCCGAUCGAAUAACGUAAUUAAGAUAACAGCGGGAAAAUUAUUCCAUUUAUCCAUCGCAACUUUUGGUGAUGUAAUUAAAACUUCCAUGGUAUAUUUAAAUUUUUUGCGAACAAUGACUAUGACAUGUAACCCUUUCGAAGUUGUAAUAUCAGGCUAUUUAUCCAAUUUUUUCGAGGGCGCUUCUUCAUAUUCUGGCACAAUGAGUUGUCUAUUCAUGGCAGUAUGGGCAGAUGGGCAGUACACCGUGUGCCUUCGUGCAGUGAUCAUGUCAAAUUUCAAAUGUGCGCCAGAAAGCGACAUAUCAAAAAAACAUAUCGAUUACAGUUUACAAAUUAAUCGAUGGUUUCUGAAAUUAAUCGGUGCGUGGCCACAAAUAAAUGCGCCAAGUUCAAUGUACAAAAUCAUGAUAUUACUACAAAUUUUUGUUUGUUCAAGCGUGAUAGCAGUCACAACAAUACCGUGUUUGUUAUAUGUGUUAUUUGAAGCAGACAAUAUCAAACAAAAAUUGAACGCCGUGGCACCACUGCUUCACAGGGCUAUGGGUUCGGUACAUUACUGGGUGCUGCUCAAGCGUAGUCAUGACAUUGACAAGUUAAUACGACAUAUGGAAGCAGAUUGGAAUCUCAUACAAAGGAUUGACGAACGUGAAGUGAUGCUGCAACAUGCCAAGUUCGGCCGCUUCAUUGUCAUAAUCUGUGCGGUGUUUAUGCAGGGCGGUUUGUUUCUGUUUAGCUUAGGGAGAUCGAUGAAAACUACAACCAUCAUCAUUGGCAACGAGACUUUCAAGACGCAUCCAACAAGUUGUCCGAUUUACAGCAAGAUCAUCGAUACGAGAUUUAGCCCUGUGAAUGAAAUUGCAUUAAUUCUGCAAAACGUAACAAUGUUCGUAGCGAGUUUCUCUACUGUUGGUGCUUGCAGUUUGGCUGCUGUCUUCGCAAAACAUGCUUGUGGUCAACUGAAUGUGCUGUAUGCGUGGCUACAUGAACUUGUUGAAAAUCAGAAGAAAAAUGAUACAAAUAAAAAAUUGGCUGCAAUCGUAGAACAUCAUCUAAGAACACUAAGUUUUAUAUCACGUGUGGAAAGUAUUAUGCACAAAGCUUCUCUUGCAGAAUUAAUGGGAUGCACGAUAAUCUUAUGUUUAAUGGGAUAUUACACUAUUAUGGCUUGGGAAACAUUCGAUACCGCCAAAAUAACAUCUUACGUCGUUAUAUAUUUAUCGAUGGGUUUUAAUAUUUUUAUAUUUUGCUACAUCGGAGAGAUUAUUACAGAACAGUGCAAACGUGUUGGGGAAAUGGCAUAUAUGACUGACUGGUAUAAUCUACACCACAAAACUGCACAGGGUCUCAUUUUGAUUAUUGCCCGAUCGAAUAACGUAAUUAAAAUAACAGCGGGAAAAUUAUUCCAUUUAUCCAUCGCAACUUUUGGUGAUGUAAUUAAAACUUCCAUGGUCUAUUUAAAUUUUUUGCGAACAAUGACUAUGUAA